UCAGACUUGCACAAUGUUUUUGAAACUUGUGUCCUUACAGAAGCCAUCAACCUGGCCUUCAGUCUAUUUCAUCAUUCUGUAAGCCUUUGAGCCUCUUGGUUUAUAUGCACCACUUGUAACAGGUGCUCUCAUCUAGAAGAAAACCUGCGCUGAUGUUGUGAGCAUCCUGUCUCUGUGUGCCAUGAUGCUUACUGCAGUGUUUCUGCUUCUCUGUCUGACUGGACAUGUGUUUGCUGAAGAGGCACCUGAUGUGGAGUGUGUUGUGGUACAUCAGGAAUAUGUGAAGUGUUCCUGGAAUAAGCAGGGGAUUCCAGAGGUCAACGACACCUUCUACAGCUGGUUCCACCAUGACAAAGAAAUCAGUAACUGCACCACCUAUGUGUCAGAGAGCAGCACUAACAUUGGAUGUAUCCAGCCCUAUAACAACAACAAAAGAUUCACCACAUUUUACACUAGACUGGUGCAUGGAAACAAGACUUGACUGAAAAACAGAGUCUUGUUGUAUCCACCAACCAGCGUGACUGUCCAAAAUGGAUCUGACUUUAACCUGUGGUUUUACUGGAACCAAAGUUUUACAAACUGUGUGGAGAGUGAGGUUCGCUACAGGAUCAACAAUAAAAAGUGGAUGACUUCUCAAAUUGGAACUGGGGAUCAGAAUUUUUGCAUCAUCUUGCCCUCCAGCACUGCCCAAUAUGAGCUGCAAGUGCGAAGUAGACUGGCAAACAACUGUGGACAGUCUGAAUUCUGGAGUGACUGGAGUGAGCCUGCAGUCUGGGGAUCCAACAACAGCAUGGGUAAAAUUGCCUAGAUAUUCUGAAAGAAUCACUGACCUCUAGGCACUGAACCAAUUUGUGGCCAGUUUUCAGAAACAUUACUACAGAGGAGCAUCUAGCUGGAUGAUAUUAUAAUUAUCAGAUCGAGUCUUGUCAGGGAAAUUCCUCUCAUAAUCGUGUGUCCUUCAGUGUGAUCAUGAACAGAUGAGUCCUGUAUAACUCACAUGGUAGCUGUAUGAUUUUGUAUUUUUGAUCCACGUUGCAUGUAGCUCACAUAAUAGCAAUGUAAGUUGUUGUGAGACUAAAUACAAAGAAUCUCACUAUAAUGGAAUUUAGGCUGGAUGGGGUUGAAACCUCCGUCUUGUGCACUUGUGCUCUGAGAAUGUUGAAAAUAUACACCUGCACAGCAACAGUAUAUGUCUUUCUAAGAGGUUUAAGGAGGAUGUUUUAUCCUUAUGCUGGAAGGCCUGAGGAGAGACUGUGUCUCUUGCUUGAAAUCAAUAAAGAUCUAUAAAAAAUAA